UGCACCACUCGUUGCUAACAAAGGCUAGAAAGCCCACAUGUAAUCAUAAACUCACAAGCAACGCAGCUAUGAUAACCAUUUCUGGGUGAAAUUUUAUACUUGGUAGGAUUUUGUGUGUUCAACAAUGGCAGUAAAUUGCUGCUCUCUCCCCAAUACCUCAAAUCCAAGAACACCCAUUUCUUUUUUCAAAUUAAACAAGAAAAAACAUAAUCCGUGUCACUUUCAUUUUCCUCUGAACUCUUCUUCUUCUCUCUCUAAAUUUACUUGUCAACUUCACAUUGGAUUUGAUGAAAUUGUUACAAUUACCCAAAACAAGGUUUUGAUUGCAGCAGGAGUAUCAGCAGCAGUUGGGCAAUUAGCAAAGCCAUUUACAUCAGUUUUGUUUUAUGGCAAAAGUUUUGAUAUAAGAGCUGUUGUUCAAGCUGGUGGAUUUCCUUCUACUCAUUCCUCUGCAGUUGUAGCUGCUGCAACAUCUCUGGCACUUGAGAGGGGCUUUUCUGAUUCAAUAUUUGGAAUGAGUGUUGUUUACGCAGGCCUUAUUAUGUAUGAUGCACAGGGAGUAAGAAGAGAAGUUGGUAUUCAUGCAAGAACGCUUAACAAGCUACUGCUAGAGGACCAGAUGAAGUCUGUAACUAAAGACCGUGACAAUAACAUAGAUUCUGAAUCAGAAAAGUUAUCCGUGGGAAACUCAAAAGAGCAGACAACCGCCACUCAAUUACUUGGAACUAGGCUGCAGAACAGUACAGCUGAGAAAGAGAAAGAAAUACAGAGAACUACUUCUUAUAAACCUCUGAAAGAAUCAAUUGGUCACACUGAGGUUGAAGUUAUAGCAGGAGCUAUAUUUGGUUUCCUUGUGACACUGACUGUUAAUGCAAUUAUGUGAUCUUGACUUGUUCAAUAUAUUUUCUAUAUUCAUAUCAAUAUCAUUCAAGUUGUUUCUCUGA